AUGCAGGCGUUCGUGAGAUGGCGGCCCCUCAGCUCCAGCGAGUCGCCCAACACAGAAAUUGAACGCUCAUCCACUCUACAGGACAACUCCCGGUUUUCAACCUCGAUAGUCUGUCAGUCAUCUCCAAGUCGAGAUCGCUCAUGGAAUAGCUCGAAUUGCUUUUCACGGAUUUUCGAGGCCAGCGACGGCAACAGGAAGGUUUUUGAAACUGUCGUUGAACCUACACUCCCCCAAGUUCUGAGCGGAGGGACUUGCAAUUUCUUUGCCUAUGGUCAUUCCGGGAGCGGGAAGACACAUACUAUUAUAGGUUACGACUAUGAAAAUCCCGAUCAGUUUGGUCUUUGCUUGGCUGCGGCGUAUAGCCUCUAUGGGACGCUUGAAGACCUAAAUGCAGCGCAAAAACCCAACGGUGAAAUCAAGAAAGAAGGCAACAUGUUGGGCAUUGGCAUUCGUAUGUAUGAAAUGCGAAAGAAUACCGCUUUUGACCUUUUGAAUGAACGCCGGGAGUGCUACGUUCGAGAGGGCCCGGAUGGACGAGUCCAUAUCCGCGGCGAAACGGAGAUGCUGGAAGGCGGAAAAGUCAGAGUGCGUCCGGUCGUCACUCGGGCAUGUUGGAAUUUCGACGACUUGCGCCGUGAGCUGCAGGUGGGCCUUCAGCUCAGGGCCACGGGGUCAUCCACAGUCCACGACCAAAGCUCCCGUACACAUGCGGUGUUGGAGCUUGAGAUUGUGACCAAAUCGCUACUUGACGCGCGAGAUGCCGUCAUUGAACGAGAAUCAGAAUUCGUGCCGGUUGCGAAGCGUGCCACGGACGUUUACCUCGAGGAGUCUGCCAACGCCUACAUCAAAACCCCAGAAGGCAAAUACGUCGUCAACCCUGAUUGCCCGCCGGAUCAGGAGCGCAUUGACGCCGCAGAGAAAGAAAAGGAGAAGUUCGAGUCGUACGUGAAACAAGCCGAGGCUCACGCGCGCGAGAUAUUCGAGUCUCACAGCCAGAAAUGCCUUGGUGGAAAGCUCGUGUUUGUGGAUUUAGCUGGCUCUGAAUAUUAUCAUGGAAAGGCUACUUCUUCCUCAUUUGCGGCCAAAAUGACGCCUCAGGAGCGCCAGGAAGGCCGACAGAUCAAUACCGAUCUACUUGCGCUGAAAGAAGUCAUCCGCGCCCGCGCCCUGAAUCACACUCGUAUCCCGUUUCGAUCCUCUCCAUUGACUAUGGUGUUGCGUGAGCACUUCUCAGCCUCCACGAACAGCCAGUCCGCAAUGAUACUCACAGUUUCUCCGUCUUCGGAGCAAUUCGCAGCUACCAUGAACACGUUGAAGUAUGGGAAUUUGGUAGGUGUGGCAGGGGGAGAAACGGCCACGGCCCUGAAAAAAUAA